GUGCUUGUUCUAGUUGUGGGAGUGCAGUUUGGGGUGUGUGUGUCUGUGUGUCUGUGUCACUAAGACCUAGUUGUGGGAGUGCAGUUUGGUGUGUGUGUCUGUGUGUGUCUGUGUGUCUGUGUCACUAAGACCUAGUUGUGGGAGUGCAGUUUGGUGUGUGUGUGUGUCACUGAGAACUUACUGGACUCCCACUGGGUUCUGAGUUCUUUGUAGUUGAUGGUUUGGGAGAGUGUGUCAUCUCAGAUGGGGAUAAGCCUGUGACCCUCUUCCAGGCUUUAUGUCUUGGGUCUCCCUGUCUUGUAGAUGGUUUGGGAGAGUGUGUCAUCUCAGAUGGGGAUAGGCCUGUGGCCCUCUUCCAGCCUUUGUGUCUUGGGUCUCCCUUCUUUCCUUCACCACACUUAGUCCUGGUCUCCUUGUACCUCAUAGCAGGCCUCUUUGUCUGCAGUCUCAAGAAGCCCAGGCUGGCCUUGAACUUACCUCUUACAAAGUUGAUCCCUCUGCCUCUACUCUACCUCCCAAUACUGGGAUUACUCAUACCACUCAGCUGCUUGCUUCCAGUCUUAGUAGCAAGUAUUCCCACUUCUAAUAGGAAUGUGGGUUGAAUUUUUGUCAUAACCCCCAACACUCAAGAACCCAAGGCAGGAGGAGCAUGGGUUUGAGGCAAGCCCAAGCUACAUAGUGAGACCUUGUCUUGAGGAAAACAAAUAUCUCAAGGAAAAACAAAAAAUACUACCAUUUUUGAGGCAUGAAGGACUAUAAUCUAUAUUAAUGUGGAGUUCAUUGAGUUUAUGCUGUUCAAGGUUCAUUCACCUGCUUGAAUUUGUAGGUUUAUGUCUUUGGCCAAAUGAGGAAGACCUAUCGGUCCUUAUGUAUCUCCCUGGCUGAGAGGGGCUAACAUGGCGCACACUCCCGGUGUGACCUCUGCUAGCACCACAGGAGGCCUGAUCAUGGGAAGGAGGGCAGGAACGCAAACCCUGAGUCUCCACCAGGCCUUGUGGAGUACGAGAGAGGAGGACACAGGUUCCUUGGGCCUGCCCGUCUCUCGGGAGGUUUCACUGACUGUUAGGUCUUGGCUCUGCUGGUGGGAAUAAAACCCUGUCUCUUACCAGCCUUCUCUUGACACCACUCUAGUCCAAGUGUGAAGUCGCUCAUUGCAGCCUCUGGGGGUUAACUCGAGGCUUCCCAUACGGCUUAAGCUAAUGGUGGUAGGGAUAUGGGCCUUUGGAAUUUUUGUUGUUUCCUGUUUUGUUUUUAGCGGUGGUGUUUGCUAAUAGUGUGUGUGUGUGUGUGUGUGUGUGUGUGUGUAUUCCUAUCUUUUGCUGAUCCUUUGUUGGUGUUUUGAUUAGACUAAGGCUUUGGGGGAGUCUUGUUUUUUUACCAAUCCCAUUUGGAGGUUGCCAGCUUCUCUAGUUUGACACUUAGAAAACAGAAAGCUCACAAAGAAUUCGUCCCAGUGCUUCUUAGAUCCCAAGGCCCCUGUCAGUCUGCUUUUUGCUCACCACCUCUGUUUGCUUGGAUUUCCUUUAUAUGUGAUGCCCAGCUUUCCAGCUGUGUGUGGCAAGUGGAUAAAGAAAAGGCACAUCUGCACCGCCCCUGAACUGUGCAUGGUGUUUGUAGAGGCCUGCUUCUUUGACUGGUGAUUAAUAAACACAUUGAAAGAAUAUGGCUGCACAGAUACCAGAAUCCGACCAGAUAAAACAGUUUAAGGAGUUCCUGGGAACCUACAAUAAACUUACAGAGACCUGCUUUUUGGACUGUGUUAAAGACUUCACAACAAGAGAGGUGAAGCCUGAAGAGGUUACCUGUUCAGAACAUUGCUUACAGAAAUAUUUAAAAAUGACACAGAGAAUAUCCAUGAGAUUUCAGGAAUAUCAUAUCCAGCAGAAUGAAGCCCUGGCGGCCAAGGCAGGACUCCUGGGCCAGCCCCGGUAGAAGCUGGGAGACACAGACUUGCACUGGGAUUGCCGCAGCUGCUGCGCUGGCCAUGCGGGUUCACUGGGAAGAACCCUGCAGCAGCCCAGAGGAGUGGAGGGAGCCAGCUGUCUAACUGCCUGACCAAUGGGAACCCCUGGACAAACAAAUCACCCUUCACCAGAAAGAAGCGGAACAGAAGUCCGUCCGGUUGUAAGAGUGGUAAGAGGCGACAUUGUUGAGGCCUUAAGAUUCAGCUGCGUGGUCACCUUGAUUACAAAAAUAAACCAUUGUUCCUUUC